AUGCGCCACUUUUCGUUGGCAUCUUUUUCUCUCUUGGCGAGUUGUGCCACUGCGCAAUACAUCUAUAAUCUGAGCGAUGUCUCGUGGACGGUGAGCAAUGGUGUCAAUGCCACUGUGCCUGGUAAACUACCUUCACAUGCUCAUAUCGAUUUGCUGGCUGCGGGCGUCAUUGAAGAUCCCAUUUAUGGCUUUAAUGAAUGGAACCAGUUUUGGGUUCAGCGAAUGAACUGGACAUAUACAUCUGGGCCCAUUAAAGGACUGAAACCCCAAAAUGGGCUUACAUCGUGGCUCGUCUUUGAAGGUCUCGACACCUUCUGUGAAAUUAAACUCUGCAAUCAGACAGUCGGCAAUACCAAGAACCAGUUUCGCAAAUACACGUUUGAUGUCAGCGAUAUUUUACCCAAGUGCUCUGGAGAUCCAGUUCUAAGCUUGAACUUUGGGUCUGCAAGCAAAAUCGUUCUCGACAUUGCUCAGAGAAGUGAUCUUUCUGAGGUCAACUCUGCCAAUGGUUACAAUGGCCAAGAAUUCCAAGGUCGAGUCUACAUGAGAAAAGAGGAAAGCGAUUUUGGAUGGGAUUGGGGCCCGCAGUUUUCUCCGGCCGGACCAUGGCGACCAGCAUACAUUGUGCAAAAGGCCAAAACUGAUCCUAUUUAUAUCACUAAUACGGCUAUUGAUAUCUUUCGGCAAGGUCAAAUGCCUAACAUAUCACCCGAUCAGACAAAGCCAUUCAUUUUCAACGCCAGCAUUGAUUAUAUCGGCACGCUUCCCAAAAAUACGCAGUUUCACCUGAAGAUUGUCGACAGCAAGGGCCACACCCUCAAGGAGACCAAUUUAGCUGGAAUAAGCCAAUCCAGUGGUACCAUCACCGGCAGUACUGUCAUUGGCAACAAUGUGAAUCUCUGGUGGCCAUCUGGCUACGGCGAGCAGCCAUUGUAUACGGCAACGCUCUCCCUAAUCAACUCUGCGUUCUCCAAGCCUGCCACCGUUACCAAGCGAGUUGGUUUUCGAACCAUUGUCUUGAAUCUGAAUGCGAUCACCGCUGAAGACAAGGCCAAGGGCGUUGCUCCCGGAGCCAGCUGGAAGUUUGAGAUCAAUGGCCACGAGUUGUAUGCCAAGGGCUCCAACUUUGUCCCUCCAGAUAUCUUGUGGCCUCGAGUCAACCAGACCAAGAUCAAGGAAACAUUUGAGCUGGCCAUAAACUCACACUUCAAUAUGAUGCGAAUCUGGUCUUCGGGAGCUUACCUCCCUGACUGGGCGUACGACUUGGCCGAUGAAAUGGGGUUGCUGCUGUGGUCUGAAUUUCAGUUUUCCGUGGCCUAUUUUCCCGCCACUAAAGAUUUCAUUGAGGAGUACGAGGCAGAGGCCUACUACAAUGCUCGUCGAGUCAAUCACCACCCUAGUCUGGCGCUGUGGGCCGGCGGCAAUGAGCUGGAAUACCUCAUCUAUGGCUGGUGGCUCAAUCCCCGGAAUAAUACCCAGCUCGAAAAUUACGAGACCAUCUUCCAGCAGCAUAUUGCCAAGUGUGUCUACGCCAACACUCACUCUAUCAGCUACAUCCCUUCGUCAACCUAUCACGGCUACACAUCGCUCGACUUCAAUUCAGUCAGCCCUCAGACCUCUCGGUACAACUAUAUGGAGAGCCCCGAUGCGCUAUACGCUGACACCGACUUUUACAACUACGAUGGAACUAUUGCCUUCCAGUACAGUGGCUAUCCUGUGGGCCGUUUUGCUGACGAGUUUGGAUUCCCAUCCAUGCCCUCGGUCUACUCCUGGCAAGAAGCCAUCCCCGAGAGCGAAUUCUACUUCGACUCAUCAUAUGUUCGGCAUCAUAACCGCCAUCUCAGUGGCGGCAGCGACUUUUUCUCGUCUUCUGCAGGUGGCAUCAACCAAUUCACAGACAGCAUUAAGCUCUGGUAUCCGUUGCCCCAACUGCAGGAUCCUGUAGCCAACUUCACCGCCUGGACGUGGACCUCUCAGGUGUUCCAGGCAGACUAUUACCAGGCUCAGAUCGCUUUUUACCGGCGCGGAUCUGGGCUUUCAAAUCGCCAGAUGGGCGCUCUGUACUGGCAGUUCAACGACAUUUGGGUUGGCCCUACUUGGUCCAGCACCGAGCACAGUUUGCGGCAAAAGGUGGCCUAUUAUGCUGCCAAGGACAUCUUCAACCCUGUCAUUGUCUGGCCGUUCUAUGACGAAGCUACUGACGUCUUGGAAGUUUGGGUCGUGUCUGAUCUGUGGCAAAGGGUUUCUGGAACAGCUUCGUUCAAGUGGGUUGACUGGCAAGGCAAUGCUCUAGACGUUGAUCCACCGGUCCAUGUAAAUCCAGCCCACGACGGGUCGUUUAACGUCAACUUUAAUGUGCAGCCGAUCAACGCGACUCGGUUGGUUACAUAUCCUGCCUUGUCUACCUUCUUCGCUUGCAAAAACCCGACAUCAAACACCCUGCUCUCAAUUUCUGUUGAGGCUGGAGGAUAUACCCACUCGGCUUUUUUCCACCCGCAAAGCCUUCGACUAAGCAGUAUUGCCGAUCCGGGCCUGGUGAUGGCAAAAUUAAUUCGUGGAAAUAGGGCUCAGUUCAAGAUCACUGCGACUAAAGGCGUGGCAGCAUGGGUUUGGCUGGACUAUCCCACGACGGUAAGAGGAUACUUUGAUCAGAACGGCUUCUGGCUAAACAAGGGCGAGAGCCGCACGGUUACCUUCAGUGUGUGGGAUGACUGGUCUAAUGGUGAUUGGAUCAAUGAUGUUGUACUUAGAUCUAUCUAUGACAAUGUAGAAAAGUAA